AGCCCCGAUUGGCUGUGACGCGCGCCGGGCGAGGACCCCGCCCGCGCCGCCGCCGCGCCCGGCGCUGGGCGGUCAUUGGGCGGCGUGAUCAAGCCGCGGUUCCGCGGCCCUGCCGCCGCCGCCGCCAGCAGAGCGCACCGGGCCGAUCGGGCGAGUGGCCAUGGCGGGCGCCGAGGACGGGCCGGGCCAGCAGCUGGAGCUGGACGAGGACGAGGCGUCUUGUUGCCGCUGGGGCGCGCAGCACGCCGGGGCCCGCGAGCUGGCUGCGCUCUACUCGCCAGGCAAGCGCCUCCAGGAGUGGUGCUCUGUGAUCCUGUGCUUCAGCCUCAUCGCCCACAACCUGGUCCAUCUCCUGCUGCUGGCCCGCUGGGAGGACACGCCCCUCGUCAUACUCGGUGUUGUUGCAGGGGCUCUCAUUGCUGACUUCUUGUCUGGCCUGGUACACUGGGGUGCUGACACAUGGGGCUCUGUGGAGCUGCCCAUUGUGGGGAAGGCUUUCAUCCGACCCUUCCGGGAGCACCACAUUGACCCGACAGCUAUCACACGGCACGACUUCAUCGAGACCAACGGGGACAACUGCCUGGUGACACUGCUGCCGCUGCUAAACAUGGCCUACAAGUUCCGCACCCACAGCCCUGAAGCCCUGGAGCAGCUAUACCCCUGGGAGUGCUUCGUCUUCUGCCUGAUCAUCUUCGGCACCUUCACCAACCAGAUCCACAAGUGGUCGCACACGUACUUUGGGCUGCCACGCUGGGUCACCCUCCUGCAGGACUGGCAUGUCAUCCUGCCACGUAAACACCAUCGCAUCCACCACGUCUCACCCCACGAGACCUACUUCUGCAUCACCACAGGCUGGCUCAACUACCCUCUGGAGAAGAUAGGCUUCUGGCGACGCCUGGAGGACCUCAUCCAGGGCCUGACGGGCGAGAAGCCUCGGGCGGAUGACAUGAAAUGGGCCCAGAAGAUCAAAUAACUUCUCCGAGCCUGCUACCUGGUUGCCAACCUUCCCUAGCCCCCAAACCGAAGCCAUCUGCCAAAUUCCAGCCUCUUUGAGCUGGCCCCUCCAGAUGGAGAGGACAUCUCCUGGGCUGGGCCCAGGUACCCCAGCCCACCCUUCAUGACACAGAAUACUUGAGCCACUGAUUUUUCAUUUCUUUUUUUUUUUUUUCCUCGGCCCCUCCUCAGCCACCUGAGCUGCUCUAUCUGCAAGCCUGACUCUGCCAGCCUCCCCUGGUAGAGAGGAGGUUUACCCACUCCCUGCACGCCUGCCGUCCCUGCCCCGCUGGGCAGCCCUUCAGUGUGGCUGGCGUUGGGGCCAGUGAGUUGCCUCUUUCCCUCCUUGUCUGGCCCCAGUGGUCUGGGGAGCCCCCAGGCACACCUAAGCGUCGUGGAGCAUUGUUCUGCCACAGCCCUGCAUACUGACCCCGGGAGGCUGGGCAGGUGGACAGCCCCAGCCACCACCUUCAGCCUAGCCUGUCCCCCAAGGAUGGUGAAGCUCAGCAGGGGUCUGAGGGUAGCCGGCCAGAAGAGGCUGGAACCUCCUGCUCAAGUCUAGACCCCCACUUCUCUGCUGCCCCCACCCUGCCAGAGCUGAUGUUUCCAAUACCAGGAUGUCUUCACAGGGCACAGCCCCUGCAGAGCAUCUUGGUCAUUUGGAAGAGGACACGGUAUCCCCUCUGGCCAGAGUAUGUCAGAGAAGGAAGAGUAGGGCUUUUUUGUUUUGUUUUUUUUUAAAGGUGCUUGCUUGUUUAAUGUAAAUAAUAGAAAGCCUUAAUAUCUUUUCUGUAACACGGAGUAAUAUUUUAAUGUCAUGUUUUGGAUGUACAUAAUAUAUUUAUAACAAAGCAGCAAGAGUCUACUUAACCUUGGCUGCCUCGUGGUGUUUCCUGGCUGGGUGGGGUGGGGGGUAUCAAGGAGCCUGGGACGUGAGGCCCCACUCUCGCCCCAUUCCCAGCUCCCCCCAACCCUGGCCUCAGGAUGAGAGCUGUCACCUGAGACAGUGAAUUAAUGUUGACAUCUGCUCCAAAGCCUUUUGGAGGGGAUUGGGUGAGGACAGUGGUCUUUCCUGUUGAUCAUGAUGAUAAAGUAAUGAUGGCUGAUCCCUAUUUGUGACUUCCUUCAGCAAAUAUUCACUGGCACCUGGUGUGUGCCAGGCUCUGUCCUGUACACAAGUACAGCGGUGAAAGAACCAACAAAGACCUAUCCUGGUGGAGCUGACCUCCUGGGAAAAGAGUCAAUAAACAAAUAAAUGCACAUGGAAAUUCAGGUGGUGAUUUGUGAAGAAAAUCAAACAG